CCAAAAGUGUAAUCUCAAGCUUCUGCUCUAUCCAUGUGUGCCAUGUGGCAGGUAUAUAUGUCUGUUGAUGGCGCAUGCAUCUUGUUUUCUGCACUCCUGUCAGCCACUUGCACCUUCUUCCAAGAUUUCACUCCUGCCAAGCUUCUUGUGAAACAGAUUCAUAGUCAAAGCACAAUCUUUUCACUCUCAGAAUGCAUUUCUCUCAGGUCUUCUCCUCGGUACUCCUGCUGCUGACAAGUGCCAUCGCUGCCCCGAUCGAGGAGCGCAACACAUGUACUACUCUGGCAGUCAGAAAAGAAUGGAGAACACUUUCCAAAGCGGAGAGACUCGAGUAUGUCGGGGCUGUAAAGUGCUUGAUGGCAAAACCCGCCCAAACAGGUGCCUUCUUCGCUGGUGCCAAAACUCGCUAUGACGACUUCCUGGCACUGCACAUCAACUCAACCGACUAUGUGCAUUUCAAUGGUCCCUUCCUGCCGUGGCAUCGUUGGUUAUUGCACCUUUGGGAGACAGAGCUCAGGACCACUUGUGGAUAUAAGGGCUAUCAGCCAUGGUGGGACCUUCUGCAGGAUAAUACUAUUGGGGGUUAUGCCAAAUCUCCACUUUUUGACAACACUUACGGUCUAGGAGGAAAUGGUCCUUACAUCGCUGAUGUGAGCUCCAACAUCACAUUCCCCGUCCAGACGCCGACUGUAAUUCCUGGCAGAACUGGUGGUGGCUGUGUUGAAGUUGGGCCAUUCGCCAACAUGACCAUCAACAUGGGAAUGGGCCUUGAUCUUUCUUACAAUCCUCACUGCAUGCGUCGAGAUUUCAGUCCUACCCUAGUUGCUGAGGCUUUCAGCAAUGCCUACUACGAAGCUGCUCUCGCCUCUGAGAACUUCCAGGAACUCAACCAGAACAUCCAAGGUUACAGUUUCGAGAUCUCUGGGAUGAGGCUCCACGCUGCUCUCCACAUCGGCGUUGGUGGACAAGUCGGUGACGAGGCUGAUAUGUGGUCUUCACCCGGAGAUCCAAUCUUCUGGUUUAUUCACGCAUCAUUGGAUAGACUCUGGAACAAUUGGCAACGAGAGUGCUGGGAGACACGCCAAUCUGAGAUUAUGGGUCCUGAUACGAUUUUCGCCUACCCAUUCGACUUCUUUGGCGAGAUUCCGUACACGAACAUCACACUAGACUACGAAUUGGAGUAUGAGCACUUUGGCAGCAAUGUCAGGAUUGGAGACAUCAUGGAUGUUGAAGCUCCCAAUUUGUGUUACACUUAUGAGUAGUUGACUACGAGGAUCUCGGUCGAAGUUUGGUGUUCGGGGGAGUGCCCCAUUGGCGCGGGUAAACUAUUGUAAUCAUUUGCUUGUAUAUAUCAUGAAAGAUAGAAUGGCUCUCGGGAGUAUAGACAAAACAAAGCUUGAUUCCCUCUGAGAUGCCGACGGUUGUGCAUGGACUAUUCGAUCCCAAGUAAAUAAUUUCAACAAUACAGUGUCUUAGCAUCUACCAUUCUCUCUAUUUCUUAUGUUCGAUCUUGCACGCCAAAAGGUCCAUGCAUGUUUUCCAGAACAAAUCUCUGGG